CAUAGGCAGUCAUAAUAUUGUUAGUUAGCUAGCUACGUGCUAACGUUGUAUUGCCUUGCAACUGGACGACGAUGCAGGUCAACACUCUAGAUUGCAACUGACGGUCAUUGAUCAGAAAAUACUUUAGCCAUCGGAAAGCUGACGUAUUGGCGCUGAGGGAUAGUACAUACGCUUGAUUUAACAUGACUUCGCUGAAAAUCUCUCCUCAAUCGAUGGCAACUGAAUGCCAGGCAUGGCUGAAUGCUAAUCCUAUUGACGAUCUGAGCGACUCCUUUCUGUCUGGUGACGAGGAAAAAGGACCCACCAGAAGAAUCGACAAUGAGAUCAAUGGCAAUUGGAUCUCAGCCCCAACCUCAACCAUCCAAGAGGCCAGACUUAAAGCUAAAGCCAAGCGGCGACUGAGGAAGAACUCCUCCCGAGACUCUGGUCGCGGGGACUCGCUGAGCGACAAUGGGGAAGGUGUCCGAGGGCACACCGCACCCCCCACCAGCCCCAAAAGCAAACUGCUGGACAGAAAAUCGCGCCUGGGCAAAGGAAGGGGACUGCCAAAGAAAGGUGGUGCUGGUGGUAAAGGAGUAUGGGGAACCCCAGGAGAGGUUUAUGACGUUCAGGAGGUUGAUGUCAAGGACCCAAAUUAUGAUGAAGAUCAGGAAAGCUGUGUUUAUGAAACCGUUGUUCCUCCACUGAAUGAAGAUGACUUUGAGAAGACCGUUACUCCAAUUGUGCAGGAGUAUUUUGAACAUGGGGACACAAAUGAAGUAGCGGAGUUGCUAGGGGAGCUGAACCUGGGCUCCAUGCGUAGCGGUGUGCCCAUGUUGGCCGUGACCCUGGCACUGGAGGCCAAGGCCAGCCACCGGGGGCUGACGUCACGGCUGAUCAAUGACCUGUGUGGAAAGGUGCUGAGCCGGGCUGAUGUGGAGAGCUCCUUUGACAAGCUGCUCCGAGAGCUGUCGGACUUGGUGCUGGACACGCCCGGGGCUCCGCAGCUGGUGGGGCAGUUCAUUGCCCGGGCUGUAGCAGAUGGAAUUCUGUCCAAAUCCUAUAUCGAGGGCUACAAGGGGAAAGUAGACUGUGAACAUGCGAGGGCAGCCCUAGACCGUGCUGCGGUGCUUCUGAAAAUGAACAGAGGGCUACGCAUCGAAAACCUGUGGGGGACUGGGGGUGGCCAGAGACCUGUCAAUCAACUGAUCAAAGAGGUCAAUCUCCUGCUGAAGGAGUACCUCCUGUCUGGGGACACAGUGGAGGCAGAGCGCUGUAUUAAGGAGCUGGAAGUUCCACAUUUCCAUCAUGAAUUUGUGUAUGAGGCUAUAGUCAUGGUGUUGGAGUCCAAAGGGAAUAAAACUUUCCAAAUGAUACUGCAGCUUCUGAACUUUCUGUGGAAGUCAACAGUCAUCACACUAGAUCAGAUGAGAAGGGGAUUUGAACGGAUCUACAUGGAUAUUGCAGAAAUCAACAUUGAUGUCCCCUGUGCAUACUCACUCCUGGAGCAGUUUGUUGACAAAAGUGUCAAUGCUGGAAUAAUAGACAAAAAACUUUCUGACCUCUGUCCAUGUCGAGGACGGAAGCGUUUCGUCAGCGAGGGAGAUGGUGGACACAUCAAAUUUGAAAUAUACUGAGGAGCUUGCCCAGCUGUCGUUUUUAGCAGCUUUAAAAAAACAAAAAAACAACUGGAGCUACUUUUUAAAAAUCUUCAUAUUUUUGUCAUAAUUUAGGUACAACCCUUCAAAUAAAGAAUGUUAACUUUUUAAAACGUCAGGGUUUAAAAAAUAAAUAAAAAAGGCACUUUUUGAAACUGAAGGAGUUGAUUAUGUAGAUGUAGUCACCUUGUUAGGUGCUUGAAUAUAAGCUAACCCAGAAAGUGCCACACAUUGUAUUGACAGUCAUUCCAUGUUUUGUAUUCUUGAGUUCACUGCCACUCCUUUAUCGUAGACAGCGGUGUUUGUAUGGUAAGUUGUUUGUUUGAAAAGCUUUAUAUAAGGGGGCAUGUUGUUCCGAACUUCUCUUUUUUUUUGCCCCUGCUGCUGUUUUUAUGCCAUUGCCUGACUUUAUUUUUCCCUUCUGUCUUGCAAGCAUCAUUACUAAAGGUAACAAAGAUAGCACUGUAGAGCAAUGGAAAAAAACAUAGUAUAACUUCACAAAAGGGUGUCAAGAACGUUUAUUUUUAUAUUUCAUAACACUUGGGUAAGAAAUGUACCAAAAAUUGCUCUGUGGUCUGUCUUCAAGUUAUUAAAAACAAAUGGGGAACACCA